GUUUUGUUUAUUAAAAGUACUGAAACAUCUAAUUUCCUUGAAUCGUUAAUCAAAAUACAUGGUUUACUACACUCAUAUUACUUUAGUAAUGUUAAACCAUACAAUCAAAAAGUAAAUUCAGUUAUAUUGCGUGUGUAAUUGGUGUCGAGUAUGUGUACGAGCGUAUGUGAUAAGCUUAUCAUUAUUAAACGUUGCCGGCUCGAGAGUUGUGGACGUGUUUUUUAUUACGUUCCCCUUUUAGAUUAAAAAAUAUACACACAAAAUGUCCGGCGAAGGGUCUAGCACUAACGGUAACAAGAAGGUUGCUUUAAUUACUGGAAUAACUGGACAAGAUGGUUCCUAUUUAGCAGAAUUUUUAAUUAAAAAAGGCUAUGAAGUACAUGGAAUACUUCGCCGAUCCUCUUCAUUUAACACGGGUAGAAUCCAACACUUGUAUGGACAGCCGGCUUGUCACACAGGUGGACAGAUGCACCUACACUAUGGAGACCUCACAGACACUACCUGCCUCAUUAGUAUUAUAAAUAAGAUUAGACCUAAAGAAAUAUACAAUUUAGGAGCUCAGUCACACGUAAAAGUAUCCUUCGAACUGAGUGAAUAUACGGCACAAGUAGAUGCUUUAGGCACCUUACGUCUUCUGGAAGCAGUCAGAACUGCAGGAUUAGAAAAGGAAACGAAGAUAUACCAGGCUUCCACGUCAGAGCUAUACGGAAAAGUCGUCGAAGUGCCACAGACUGAAAAAACACCCUUUUAUCCAAGAUCGCCUUAUGCGUGUGCAAAACUAUAUGGUUACUGGAUAGUUAUUAAUUACCGAGAGGCGUACGGUAUGUUCGCUUGUAACGGUCUUCUCUUUAAUCACGAGAGUCCUCGACGCGGGGAGAACUUUGUGACGAGGAAAAUUACCAGGGGAGUUGCCAAGAUACAACUCGGUUUGAUGAAGCACCUAGAACUCGGUAACUUGGACUGCAAGCGGGAUUGGGGACAUGCCAAGGAUUAUGUUGAGGCCAUGUGGCUGAUGCUCCAACAAGAGGAACCGGAAGACUUCGUAGUCGCGACAGGAGAAGCGCACAGCGUGAGGGAGUUCGUUGAGAAGGCAUUUUCAUACGUCGGGAGGAAAGUAAUCUGGAGAGGGGAAGGUGAAAACGAAACUGGACAUGAUGCGGACACGGACGAGUUACUGGUCAAGGUCAAUGCUAAGUACUUCCGUCCUACUGAAGUGGACCUUUUGCUGGGUGAUCCUUCAAAAGCCAAACAGAAGUUGGGAUGGAAACCUCGCGUGACCUUCGAGCAGCUCGUCAAGGAUAUGGUGGAAGCUGACCUACAGCUCAUGAAGAAAAAUCCAGAAGCGUAGACAGAUAGACUUGAAAAUGCAUUAUAUAUAUAGCUGACUCUAAACUAAAACUAGAACUAAGUAACACAUUGCCUUUAUUUUAUUGAAUUCAUAAUAUAUGUGCGUAUACAUGGUUGUAAAAAGGAUUGAAAAAUAUAUUUACUUUUUAACUUUUUUUUUUGUUACAUUUUAAUGAACAUAUUCAAUGCAAAAGCUGUUUAAAUAAGUAAAGAUACUUAUUUAAACAGCUUCGCGUUUUAAUAAUAUAAAAAAAAGUAAAUAAACUUAAUUAAACAGAUUUUUCCACGGAAUUCUCUAUGAAUAUAUAUAUUUUUAGCCCAUUUAAAUCGCAUAUGUGUAUUGUUACAUUUUAAUUAAAUUACAUAUUUCACUAACUCAAAUGAAGAACCGAGAGAGUCGAGAUGGUCCAGUAUUUAAAAUGUGUCAGCUUUAUAAUUGCGUGUUCAAACCGAGGCCCCUCUGCAGUUUCGUGUGCUUAAUUAGUGUUUAUAAUUCAUCUCGUGCUCAACAGUGUUAAAUCGUGAUUCCUCACGAUGUAUUUGCCUGAAAUUGGACAUUAAGAGGCGAGGACAGCCCAGCACGGUGACAUUGAGAGACUUAUUACAAAUAAAAGCAUCAAUAAUUUUACAGUUGCAUUAUUUUUACUUUUAAAUGAACAUCAUUCUAAUUUGAUUUUGUCAAUAUUUUGUACAAUUGACAACAUUUAAAUGCAAAAAUAUUGGACGACUACUUUAUAGAGUUCUGUUUGGAAUAAACAAGAAAAUAUAAAUUGUUGAUGUAAUAUAUUAAAAUUGUUAUGUUAAGAUAUUUCUCGUUCUCUCGUAGUUCUAUUGAGAAGCCUUUGUUCGAAUGUAAAUGUAUUACCGACAAUGGUAUCAGCUGCUUAGUAAUUCUAGGACGAACUUAAACGCUAACCGUUACGUUUGCGUUAUCAAUUUGAACGAAAAUAUAAAUGUUACAUCGGUUAAAUAGCGUCAAAAACGUUUCUGCGAACGUUACAUCCAAACGUUGCACACAAAUAGAAUUUAAAUCUCGUCUCGCAAACUUGACAGUUUUCGUUUAAAACUAACAUAUUAUUCUUUGCAAAAUACAAAAAAGUUUACAAGUUUUUUUUUUUUCGGGGUUAUGUGUAUGUAUAUAUUUAUAUAGUGUGUAAUAUACAAAUUUACGUGAACUGGAACUGAUAAUCAGCGCGUUAAAAAACGUCAAAGUAAUUGUUGAUAUUCUUUGGAGUAAUGUAGUUGACCUUGCUUUAGACAAAUAACGAAUACACUUUGUCUAGUCCGGGGCUCUUGUAGGUCGUCUAGAACUAAAAUGGAGCUCAGUAAGUUUAUUUUUCGGAGCUUUACGUGUUAUACUAACAUAGUACUAAUAUGAAAAUUAAUAUUAUAUUUUAUUUAUUAACAUAGAAUUCAUAAAAAACUAAAAUGUUUCAACAUAACAUUGCAG